GGCGCCGAUGCGGAAGUGUCCAACGCGGAAGUCGCUCCUUGAAUCCCUUUUUUAGACGCAUGCAUUUGCACUUUGAGCGCCUCGCAGCGCAUUACAACACAGGUCAUAAGUCGAGGCGUUAGUACUGAGAGAUAAAACAGACAGAAGUGAGUGUGUUGCCGGUAUGUCGUCCAGCGGAGAAGUAGUGUUACGGGCCGUGGAGGCGCCGCUGUUCUGGCUCGGUGCUCUGACCGCGGCCUGGCUCUCUGUGUGCUCCGUCUACCGGCUGCUGUCCGGUAUCAAGGUGUGGGUGCUGGGCAACGGGCGGCUCGUCUCUCCCACCAAGCUGGGGAAGUGGGCAGUUGUGACUGGAGCCACAGAUGGGAUCGGGAAAGCUUAUGCAGAGGAGCUUGCCCGCAGAGGCUUCUCCAUCGUGCUGAUCAGUCGCUCUCAGGAGAGGCUGGAUGACGUAUCCAAGGCGAUCUCAAGCAAAUGUGGUGUGGAGACCAAGACGAUCGCAGCAGACUUCAGUGCUGUAGAUAUCUACUCGAAGAUUGAAGAUGGACUUAAAGGACUGGAGAUUGGGGUUUUGGUGAACAAUGUUGGAAUAUCCUACUCUUACCCUGAGUUCUUUCUCAACGUCCCCAACCUCGACACUUUCAUCGACACCAUGGUCAACAUCAACAUUACAUCAGUUUGCCAGAUGACACGUCUUGUUUUACCUGGGAUGUUGGAGAGGAAAAAGGGGGCCAUUCUCAACAUCUCCUCUGCCAGUGGGAUGUACCCUGUUCCUCUCCUCACCGUCUACUCUGCCUCCAAGGCAUUUGUCGACUUCUUUUCACGAGGACUUCAAGCUGAAUACAAGAGCAAAGGCAUCAUCAUCCAGAGUGUUCUUCCAUUCUUCGUUGCAACCAAGCUGAGUAAAAUCCGACGCGCUACUCUGGACAAGCCCAGUCCAGAGCGCUACGUUUCAGCGGAGCUUAACACCGUGGGGCUGCAGACUCAGACCAAUGGCUACUUGCCUCACGCCAUUAUGGGCUGGGUGUCUACAGCGCUGCUCCCUGCCAAGAUCCGCGACAGCUACGUGAUGGGGAUGAGUUUGUCCCAGCGCGCUCGUUACCUCAAGAAGCAGAAGCAGGGAUAGAUAGGCCGGCGAGCGCAGCGGCUGGGAGCGGCAGCGACAGACAGAGGGGACCAGCUGUGUUAACCGCUCGUCCAGCUAUCAUCACCGUGGACCAAGAAGAGAAAACGUGACAGAUUCUGGGCAACAUCUCGGUUUUACCUCCCCCUGAUACUCCCAGUCAUAUAUGAUGUGAGGCAGUAUCUCGCCACACUUGUUGUACAUGUACUCAGUCCAAAAACAGUUGUUUGAACGUACUGAACAAGGCGUCGCUCUCCAUCAAGUGAUCGGCUUGAAUGAAUGGAACGCUAACAUGGAAACUAAAAAACAAUUCCCAGAACUACCCAUCUUUCUGCAAAACAUCGCCCGAAAUUAUGCCUACGUGUUAAAAGAUAAGUUCACCCAAAAAGGAAAAUUCAGACAUUAUCUGCUCGACCCCAUGUGGACACAAAAUCAAGUGAAGUUUUGUAGUCGGAGAACAUUUGUGGAGCUUCACAGCAAACGGCAUUGCUGCAUUCUCCUAAACGACUGAAGUACACAGGCAGUUGUUUUUAAAAUGUAAUAAAACGAGUGACAAAAGAAACCCACAUAAAAUGGUUGGAUACUGCUUCUUCAGUGUAAUCCAAGCCUCAGAAAGCCCCGAGAUGCCAAACUGAUCUGAAAAGACGUUAUUUACACACUUGAUGCAUGGUUGAGCUCGUGUGCACACUAAUACAUUUAGCUUAGCUGCUAAAGUGAAGACUUCAGUUCAAAAUAGUUUCUUAAUGUGAUUUAUUGUCAGUUUUUUGGUGAACUUAUCUUUUAAGGAAAGGAUAUAAGUCAUUUGGAUGUUUCUGAGGUUUGAGCCUCCUUUGUGUUUGUGGACCAGAUUUAAGCGACGCGGGGCUUAAAGCUAUUUAGUAUAACACUGGCGGUGGUACUUACUUGCUACUAACAUUUUCUAGAGCACUUAAACAACAUGUUAUCAAGAUUUAAAAGGAGGUUGGUUGAUGAUGGUUUUCCGUUAUUCUUUUUUUUUUAUCAUUUCAUGUCAGAAGUUUCUAAGCACUCAGAUUUCACACCUCUCCUCUUGAGCACCAACUCAAAAUCAUUAAAGAUGAUUUGAUUGUUUGCUACAUACUCUGAUACAACUUAUUUGGUUCAAAUUCAUCAUUAAGGUGUUACAGUUUCUAUUCCACAACUCAAGAAAAUCCUGUCAAGAUAAGUUUCACUGUGGUAUAAUGAGUGGGCGGUCCUGUUUUAUGUGUGCGACAGUAAGUGUGUCAUGUUUGCAUUAAUCUCAUGUUUACCCCUGUGCUGUUGGAUUUACUAAAAUGUUAAAGGGAACCAAAUGUGCAGAUGAAACAAACCAAUGAAAUAGUGUAAAAUCUCAGACAAAUGUUUCCACAUUAUUACUUUUGAUAACUACAUGUAUGUUAUGUGUACGUGUUUGAAGGGUUUGUAAUAGUCUCUCAUUGACUUGUUGUGGUUCAGAUAUCCUCUUUAAGGUAAACUGUGUUCAUUUAACUGGUUUCACUCAUAAUAACUGUUUAGGUGAAGCAGCAGCAGCAGCAGCAGCCGGGAAUCAAGUUCAGUUUUAAGGCUUUUCUCAAGGGAAAUGGCACUGUUUGUGAUGAAAGCAGAGCAUCCCAGACCACCUGGAUACCAUUAGGAUGCACUGGCUAUAGCAAAGAAAACCCCCACUGCAUUUGUCCUUUCAGCCGUCAAUAAAUAUAGAUAAAAAAUCA